AGAUAAAGUUGCUACAACUCUCAAUGCACCUUAACAGAUCUUAUGACUUGAUGAAACUGCUCUGACUUUUGGAUAGGGAAAGAUGGACCAUUUCUACAGACAUGAUGUUAUGGAUUUGCAGUCUAUGGAGCCAGUUUCUAAGUCUCUACAUGAAGGAAUUGUCUCGAUCUGUAACAUCUGCAAGUCCCUUAUGAAUGCACAAGUCGAUCCCACCACAGACACAUGCUCCAAUUACAAAGAAAUCAGGAGACAUAUCGAGGAUGCGGAGCAGAGCAUGAAAAAUACUGAGAAAAUGGUUCAAGACAAACUGGUACAUCUGGAUGAACGCAUGGAGCAACUUAUUAGAGAGAAGCAAAACGUUGAGCAGCAGAAGAAAGAAAAAAACAUGACCAUGGAAAAAUUGCACGAAGAGAAGAGGUCGGCUGAAGUUUCAUUAGAGUAUUCCAAAGAAGCUUUGUCACAGGCUGUCAAAAACCUAGAAUCAGCAAACUAUGCCCUAAGCGUACAACAAGACAGAGUGAAGACAGGUGAAGGACUGACAAUUGCAGGAGGGGUAUUGCUUGCAAUACCAAUUAUUGGAUGGAUUGCUGGUCCAAUAAUGAUUACCGAGGGACAGCGGGGAAUUGAAGAAGCUUCAAAUGCCUUGAGACAUGCUGAAAGCGAGAAACAAAACUGUGAGUCUCAGUUGUGGAACUGGGUUACAAAAGCUUUACAUUACGAGGGGAUAAUCUCGGAGACACAGGCCGAAAUUGAGCAGGCCAAUGAAGCACUGAAGAGGAUUGAGUGGAAGAUUGAAGAGGUUCAAGAGCAUCUGAAAGACACAGCUGAAAUUCAGCAAGUGGUCCGGAGAAGCGUCAACCUUCUGAGUGUUCUUAGUGGAAGAGUCACUGUCCUCGAGAAACAAACACAACGUUUCAUCCUCUGGCAGCCUGUAGUAAAGUCCAUGGAAGAUGUGAUGAAGGCAAUGGUAAAUAUUGCUGAGAAUCGGCUCCUCUAUAGCGAUGGUGUCCCAGGCCUUAUAAAUACUUUGAGGGAGAAUGUUAGAGGAUUACUGGCUUUAUGCAACUCGUCCAGUAAUUCAGAAAAUGACAGCUAUUACUGAUCAUUUCAAUGUAACUCGCAUAGCAAAUGCUUUAAAGAAAAAAAGAAAACCACUUAAAUAACUCUGGAAUUUUUUUCUGAGUUAUCUCUAUAAUGAUAUCGUGUUCUUUCAGAAAUGAAUUUACAACAAAUUUACAAAGAUUUUAAUCACAAGGCAAAUUAGUUCAAAUCUUAUCCACUGCACAUUAAUCUCAACUGCUUUCAUGAAUGGCUCCAUUUAAAUGGAUUAUAUGACACAUUGUUAACAUCUUAUUAAUUACUCAUAAUUAAUUUCAUAUAAUCAGUUUGCUGUUUGCAUGUUUAUAGCUCAUAUAUAUAUAUAUAAAAAAAUAAGGUUAGUUUUUGAUGUCAGUUUCUGUUCCAAGGAUUUUGUUUUUUAGUUCCUGUAUUGUCAGUUCCCUUUGGUUAUUAGCAAAUCCACUGGAAGACAAGCCUGCAACCUUCAGCCCAAAAACCUAAAUGGAGGAGAGGCUUCACUAUACUGUAUAAAACAUUUAAUGAAUCAACAGCCUGUUUUAUAAUAUUUAACACAUUUUAUGCUAAACAAUAUUUUAAUUGGAACUAUAUGUAGAUUUUACCUUAAUAAUUUCUUUUUUUUUUUUUUUUUUAUGAGAAGCCGAGUAGGGUACGUCAUGACUGUUAGGACUCAUUCAUGUCAUUACUACCAGCAAAUCUGUCACAUUACUAUUUAAUGAUGUGUAAUAUUGUGUUGUAUUAUCUAUAAAUAUAUAUUUUUUCCUUUGGUUUUCAGGUUUAACCAGAAAUUGGAUUUUAAUUGUAAUGACUGCCAUGUUUCUUAUAAUGAUAUAAUGCAUUUUAAUGAAUAACACGAAUAAUUUAAAUUAUUGUAUUAUAUUUUAUGUUGUUUAAUGAAAAUAAUAUGAUCUUUCUAUGGUUUCCGAGUUUAAAUAAAUAAAUUUGUGACCAA